UCUGGGGUGGUCUGGGGUGCUGGGGUGUGUGCACUUGCAGCCCAUGAAACCUGCCACCGUUUUCCACCACACCACAUCAGAAUCCCGAUCCUAAUCUUAGUCCCCCCAGCUCGUUUUCUUUUCUCGUUCACGUUCAUAACACAACUCCCCGAGCUGGAAGGACUCCGUCUAGAGCAGCAACAAAUCCCUGGCCCGAGCUCGUCCUGCACCGACUGGACCACGACCGUGACCACGACCACGACCACGACCACGACCAUGACACGAUUAUCAGUCUACGGCGUCUCGCUCGCCGUCUUCAUUGCUGCAUCGGCAUUGACCCUCACAUCCAUCCUCGUCCCCCACUGGGUCAGCAUGGACGUCGAGUCCCAAAACAGCGACACCCUCUACUCCCAACACCUCGGCCUGCACCACUACUGCAACACCGCCCUGCCCGACAAGCCCUGCCGCACCUUCCCCGACGAGGAGAAGGACUGCGACCCCAACGACAGGUACUUCUGCUCCAUGUGGCGCACCUCCGGCUUCCUCAUGAGCUUCGCCACCAUCGCCGAGCUCGCCACCCUGGUCUGCUUUGUCGUCGCCAUUGGCGGCGGCCAGGUCAAGAGGGAGUAUGGCUGGAAGGUCCUGUGCGGUCUGCUGAGUGUAGUCUCUGUCGUGCAGUUUGCUGCCAUGGGCUUGAUUUCCUUCCUCUACGAUAACGACGAAUACUUCUCCGUCCAGGGCUGGCGGCUCGACACGUCCUGGAUCCUGUGCACCGUCAGCGCCAGCGUGGCCGCUGUCUUGGUCGGUGCCUUGGCAUCGUGCGCCUACUUCCUGCCACCAGAAGACGACGGCUACAACUUCCUCGACGACCCUAUCGAUGUCUAGUUUCCAAACUCAUGAUGCCAGCGAGCACGGUAUUCCUGGGGAAUCGACUUGACUCGCAGGCUUUUGUUGCCUUCUUCCAAUCACAUUAGAGAUAUAUAUACACGGGGCGUUCCGGGCAUUACAGGACCACGGCAUUAUUCGUUUUCUUUCCUCCUUGACGGGAAUGACUUUUCUUCUUCUUUUUUUGAUACCUUGAAAGUGAGUUCUUGUUUUCUGGGCAGCAGAGCAGGGUCGGCAUUUGAGGUCAACCAUGGUUUGCCACAUUUUACAUCUGGACGGUCACCUAAACGGGUGUCCAUUGCACGUAACUUUGACAAUAUUGAACAUAGAUACAAGGGCCGAGGCCAUAGCCUGAGGCUGCAAUCCAAAUGUCGAGUUGCAUAUUUUUUUUUGUUUCGGAUACGGUCUACAAGUGCCACGAGGAAUUCUUGAUGUCAUUGUGUCUCCAGCUGCCCGUGUAUGCACGAACUAGUGUACUAAUCGCAACGUUUGAGUUUCGGGAGUUUG